AAGAUGGCCAAAGGCCACAUUCAAUGUCAGUGUGGAUAAGUGCGCGUGAGCAUCCGACGUAUAGUUAUUAAAUAUUAAUAAAAUGGCUUCAGCAAUUAUUAAGUUCAGUGCCUUGUUCAUGAUUCUUGGCUUCUGCUCGGCCGAUAUUGGUGAGAGUCCAGUAACAGAAGUAUGCUUAGGAUGCAUAUGUCAGGCUGUGUCAGGGUGUAAGGAAGGCACACUUUGCGAUGGUGACGCGUGCGGUCUUUUCCGCAUAACGUGGGCAUACUGGGCUGAUGCUGGUAAACCAACUCUGCCUGGAGUAUCUCCCGACUCCACUGAUGCAUACUCUUCCUGCGCGAACAGUCCACAAUGCGCAGCUCUGACAGUACAAAACUACAUGAGAAGAUUUGGACAGGACUGUAACAACGAUGGUGUCGUCAAUUGCUACGACUACAUGGCGAUCCACAAACUUGGAGGCUACGGGUGCAAAGGCGAUCUUCCCUUCCAGUACGCUACCGUAUUCAACCAAUGUGUAGCGGCCGUUGCAGCUCAUCAAGGCUAAUUACGACCGUGAUUUGUAUAUAGGAGAUUGUGUGUGCAUUUGGAUUGACAGGAUUAAAGGUUCAUUACAUUCCCUACAAAUUUGUCAUGAAUAAAGAAAAUUGACAUAUCGUGUAACUCUGAUAGAGAAAAUUUUGUAAAUCUCGAAAUUGGAUGACAAAAUUAUGUUAAAUUAUGUUUUAUAAUUUAAAUGUAAGUUUCAGCUUCAUAAUCUUUAUGUUUAAGACCCCUUAAUAUAAACGUAUCAAUUAAAUUAUAUAUAAGAUUAAA